CAAAAAUCGAAAAGGUGCGACAGAGAUAAAUAGAUGCAAUAUUCGGAGAGCGAUUUGCGUUCAAGUUCGCCAGUCAACAAAAAUAAACCGAUGUACACAGGUCGUAAAGUUUUGCGAUUCGUCUCGAAAAAUAAACAAAAAACAUGUCUACGAGAAGGAGAACGUCGAAUCUCGAUGAAGAACUGUUCCUUGAAGUGGACAAACAUUACUUAGGCAGCGACUUCGACAGAAACGAAGACUCCUUACUCGUGUACGGCGUCUUGCGAGCGACUGUAGAAGAAAACGUAGAAAGAGUGAAGUCGUUAGUGAGGAGAGGCAAAGCGAUAAACAUAAACGAUAGCAGCGGAAAUACUCCUUUACACGUCGUCGUUAUCAAAAACAACUUAGAAAUACUGGACUUUCUCCUGGAUCAGCCAAACCUGGAGCUAAACGCCCGUAACUUUUCCGGCGAAACGGCUCUACUUCUAGCCAUCAAGCUGUCUAGGUUAGACGCCGCUUCAAGAUUGAUUUGCGCAGGCGCAAACGUGAACGUACACAACUACGAACAUGUCACGCCUCUCCAUCUUGCCGUUACUCAUCCAGAACUUGCACAUCAACUUAUUCUCAGCGGAGCUCAUAUCGAUGCAAGAGAUUACAGCGGAGACGCCCCUCUGCACGACGCAGUAGCUGAAGAAUGCCUAGAAACCGUCUGCAUGUUGCUCUACUACAACGCAGACGCAAACGCAAAUGGCGUGAACAAUAUGACGCCCUUCAUGAAAGCCCUGGUCGCGAGGAACGUGGACAUUCAGCUGGUGUUGUUAGACUUCGUGUCCGACUUUAACGUAGAAACGUACGAUAAUGUUAGUACUCUAGCCAUGGCGAUUACGCAUAGGUCGCCGUUCGUGGAGCAGAUUAUUUUGGGAGGCGCCGAUGUCAACUAUGCUUAUGGUUACGACAUGGUGGACGCGUUCUCCCUAUGCCUCCAAUACCCCAACUGGAAAAACUUCCAGUUGGUCUGGGAGAGACUGAAGUACGACGCCGAUGACAUGUCGUUAGGUAGCGUACUCUGGCGGAUAGGCGGCACUUUACGAAAAGAACACUUCAAGCAGUACCUCGACGUCAUCAUCGACAGUGACAACGUCGACCAAGCCGUCGAAUCUCUAAACACAGCCGAGGACUUUUAUAUGGUGAUCGUACGUUUCUGUGAUUUUUUUCACCAGCAGUCGAUAGAGCAGCUCACCAGGUUGACGUGUAGGCUUUUAGAGCGUGGUUACGUCCUGACUAGUUUUGAUAUGAGUAAAAUUUUUCUUCACUACGGUUAUUGCGAAUUGUACAAGAUCAUGCUGCAUAUGGAUAUGAAGUUUAUAGGCAGGAGACCUCCCGAUACUUCCAGGUUGAUUUUCGAUGUUAAUACGAAGAUGCAAGUUCUGUUGGAUCAACUAGUUUCUAUCAUCAAUAUUGAAUAUUUGCACAAUUCCAUCUAUCAGCUUCUAGAUUAUUGUAUUUAUCCGAAAUUGAUGAACGCUUAUCUUGAUUUACAAAGGGAUGAUUAUGUUACGUUUAAGAUCCUUCAUCUGCCUAAAGUGCCUUCGCUGUUGGAAUUAGCUAGAAAUAAAGCUAGGGAGUUUAUUGUAGAAAGGUUUAAAGUGAGGAAUUCUAGAGAGUUUUAUACAAUAAUAAAUUAUUUGGAAAUGUCUAGGGUGUAUAAGCAAAUUUUGUCGUUUGAGAAGAUCUUGUACAAACCGCAUUAUGUGAAAAUGUUGAUGGCGAAUCGACUGAAGAUUUUAUGUUAGGUUUAGGUUUGUGAACUUGUUUUUUCGAAAUUUUGAAAACUUUCGAAAUCUUCAGAAUUUAUCAAAUUACCGAAAUUAUAUAGAUUUUUAAAAUUGUAAGAUUCCAAGAUUCUGCAACAUUUCAAAAUUCCGGUUUAUAAAUUUUUGAAAUUUUCAAAAUUAUUGGAGUUAUCAAGGUUUUUACAAUUUUAAGAUUUCAAAAUUUCCACAGAUGUCAAAAUUUCGGAUGUUUCGAAAUUUUGAGAGCCCUCGAAAUUUUUAGAAUUUUUCAAGUUAUCGGAAUUAUAUAAAAUUUCGAAUCAUGUAUUUCGAAAUUUUCAAAAUUCUGUUUUAAAUUUUUUUUAAAUUUUCAAAGUUAUUGGAAAUAUCAAGAUUUUUAAAAUUUCAAUAUUUCCAAAAAUUUCAAAAUUUCCAAAACUUUCGGUUUCCAAAAUUUCCGAAAUUAACGGAAUUAUCAGAAUUUUCAAAAAUAUUAGUUUUCAUAAUUUUCAGAAUAUUCAAAACAUUCGAUAUUUUAAGAAUAAUUAAAAGC